UUCAUUUCCCAGGGUGCUCCGCGCCUCGCCCUACAAUCCGUGGAAAUCCGAAUGCGCCUGCGUAUCCAGACGUGGCAACGGCAUCAUGGCCUCCUGGAUCCGCUGCAGGAGAAAGAUGAGAGAGGCGACAAUGUUCGCGCUGGUGCUGCUGAUGCUGGUGCUGUCGUCGUCGCUGGCAGCUGUGAAGGUGUCUCCUCUCAUAGAGAAGGUCAGCGACCACAAAGACUUCAAGAAGCUGCUCAGGACAAGAACCAAUGUCCUGGUGCUCUACACUAAGACAGCUACAUCGGGGGACUCCUAUCUGAAACUGCUGUCUGACGUUGCCCAAACAGUGAAGGGCCAGGGGACCAUUGCGUGGGUCAACUGUGGUGAUUCAGAGGGUCGCAAACUCUGUAAAAAAGUGAAGGUGGACCCGAGCUCCAGACGCGAGGGAGCAGAGCUGCUGCAUUACAAAGAUGGGACAUUCCACACACAGUACAACAGACCGGCUACAUUUAAGUCUAUGGUAGCAUUUUUAAAGGACCCGUCGGGACCCCCGCUGUGGGAAGAGAACCCCGAAGCAAAAGACGUCGUCCACGUCGAAACGGAGAAAGACUUCAGAAAGCUGUUGAAGAAAGAGGAAAGGCCGGUCCUCAUUAUGUUCUACGCCCCCUGGUGCGGCGUUUGCAAGAGGAUGCAGCCUGUUUUUCAGCAGGCGGCCACAGAAACAAAAGGCAAAUAUGUACUGGCAGGGAUGAAUGUUCACCCGGCUGAGUUUGACGCCCUUAAGCAGGAGUACAACGUCAAAGGCUACCCGACCUUCUGCUACUUUGAGAAGGGGAAAUUCAUGCAUCACUAUGAAAACUACGGCGCUACCCCAAAGGAUAUAGCAGAUUGGCUGAAGAACCCUCAGCCCCCGCAGCCAAAGACUCCGGAGGUGCCGUGGUCGGAGACGGACUCGCCGGUCUUCCACCUGACCGAUGAGUCCUUUGACAGCUUCCUGGAGGAACAUCCUGCAGCCCUGGUCAUGUUCUAUGCCCCCUGGUGCGGCCACUGCAAGAAAAUGAAGCCAGAGUAUGACGAAGCGGCCGAAGUACUCAACAAAGCCACAGAUAGCCCCGGCGUGCUGGCAGCAGUCGAUGCCACGGUGCACAAGGCUGCGGGAGAUCGCUUCAAGAUCUCCGGUUUCCCCACCGUGAAGUAUUUUGAGAAAGGGGAAGAAAAGUACACACUCCCACACCUCCGAAGCAAAGACAAGAUCAUCGAGUUCAUGCACAAUCCCCAGGCUCCUCCGCCACCAGAGCAGUCUUGGGAGGACAGGCCCUCCAGUGUCAGCCAUCUUGGCUCAGAGGAUUUCAGAGAAGCUCUGAAGAAGAAGAAGCAUGCUUUGGUCAUGUUUUAUGCUCCCUGGUGUCCACACUGUAAAAAUGCCGUCCCUCACUUCACCACAGCAGCAGAACUCUUUAAGGAGGACCGCAAGAUUGUUUAUGCUGCUGUGGACUGCACAAAAGGACUGAACCAUGACCUCUGCAAGCAGGAGGGGGUGGAGGGCUACCCAACGUUCAACCACUACAACUACGGCAAGUUUGUGGAAAAAUACAACGGAGAUCGCGGGGAAGCAGGCUUCAUAGGAUUCAUGCGUAACCUCAGAGGCCGCGACCAGGAGAAGGUGGUCAAGAGGAAGGAGGAGCUCUGAGGGGGGGGGGCCCGUGUAGGAAAAGCGGAGGCAGGGAGGGCAAUGCACUGUGACCCUUGAGUUUGGCAAGGGCCCUUUCGGCACUGAAGUGGGGAAACUCAAUGACCUCAGCGAAAGGCUAUUUUUUUAUACCAUGGUGAUCUCAUUUGUAAUGAUACCAACAGAGUACUGACCUACCACUUGAGACUUCUUUCUUGUGGAUAUUUUGAUGGGCACAAAAUAGAUUUUAAAAAAAGAAAGUGAUUUUUUUUUUGUUUGUUUGUUUUUGCCCAGUCACUGUGACUUGAACAUGUUAAAAGCUACACCCUAUCUAUGCAAAAGUGAGCCCUGCUUCUGCCUGUGGGAGUCUGAUCUGCGAUCUGACUAUGGUGGAGUUCAACGUGGACGAUGCAUCUUCCGUCGCUACGCAAGAGGGGUUCAUCUGAUUCUUUUCAACCUGGCACUGUCUUCACAGAUGAUACAUGCUGAUCUUUUUCUUUUUUUUAUGUUAUUCAGUGCGUCGCUAUCUCUUUUUUAAGAUCAUUUAAAAUAAAUAAGUCAUGCGUUUCCAUUUAAUUAUCCAUUUCUGCCUAAAUCCAGCUCAGGUUGGUGGUGCCAUCAGGUUGACAUUUUCCCAGGCCUUUAGCAAGGACCAAAAGAGAGACAUGUAAGGUAGCUGAGAUCCAAAUCAUAGUUUUUAAAAUGUUUGUUCAUCUUCUAGAACCUCCAAGUAAAACAAAACCAAACAAAGAAAUAUAUAUAUUUUUAGCUGUACAAUCAGUAAUAAUCCAAACUAGGCAUCCUGGGGACUAAAGAGUCAAUGUUCUGUCUCCAAAAUGGUGGCCUUUUAAAAAUCGAAGAAUGUGAAUUAUCUGAAACCGCAAAAUGGCGAAGAUAAGUGGAAGAGAGUCGGAGGCCUGGUGUGACUGCAACUUGAGCCAGUCCGGGUAACAUAAUCAUCUAUUUAUCACUCACAGCUGUGCUGAUAUUUUCUCUCUGGCUUUUCGGUUUACUGCUCGCUCAUAACGAGGUUUCAUGAAUAUGCUAACAAGGUGGAGGGCUCCUUUACAUUAGCAUAGAAGCUCCCAAAGGUUUUGGGGUUUAAUUAUAAAAGUUACCUUUUUUGACGUUUCUUUGCAGAAGUAUUCACUGCCUUCGAACAUCGCAUCGACAUUCAACACGCUUUCUUGGGCAUUUUAUUAUAACAAAAAGUAAUAAGUUGUGAAGUGGAAGGAAAAUGAUGCGUGGUUUUUCAAAAUUUCUUAAAAAUACGAAUCUGAGAUUGAAUUCUUUUUCUUUUUUGGGGGCAAAGUAACUCUGGCUCAGUCAGACUGGGUGGAGAGCAUGUGUUAAGUUUUACCACUGCUUUUCUGUUGGAUUUAGCUCUGGACUUUGACUGAGCCAUUGUAAGAAACAAAUAUGCUAACUAUUCUUCUAACACUCUCAGCUUGCUAGAAGGUAAAGAUCUGCCCCAGUCUGCCUCGGACCAGCUUUCCUGUCCCUUUAGAAUAAGAUUAUCCCCACAGCAUGAUGCUGCCGCCGCCGUGUUUCACCGUGGGCGCCACCUCUACUUCUGAAAAGGACACAGCUUCCGUGGCGUGUCAGUUGUGACUUUUAAAGGCAAUCGAGUUGCACUGGUUUUUAUUUAGGGGCAUCAUAUUAUACGCGCACACCAAAUCUUCCAAAACCGUGUGUCACUUUUGUUACACUUCUCAAUUGUUAGCCUGCUGCAUAAAAUCGAAUGAGUAGUUUUUACGCUUGUGGCUGUAGCAUGAGGAAAUGUGGAAAAGAGACGAAAGCACACAAAUACUUUUGCGAGGCGAUGUAUCAUAGGUAGUGAUUCUAUUUAGAUCUUACCGUGAAGUGGAUCUAAAUGCAGAGCUGGAUCCCUUCAGGCCUAUUACUUGAGCAGCUGGCUUUGUGGGUCUGCAGCCUGCUGCGGGUGUCCGUGCUGCCUUCACUGACUCCUCUCUGAAACAUCGCCGCUGCGUUCGCUCCAGUCCAGUUCCGCCUGUCCUCGUCCCGGAUCUUCUCGAACACCUCUAGACGCUCAUCCCCCUGCUGUUGCGUCUCCGCAUCAAAUUUGAUUCAUCAUUAAUACCUUUUCAUCCCAAAAAUCAUUCUUUUAUUAUUUUGUUAGUUUGUUUCCUAACAUUCAAACUCCUGUCUAUUGCUCCAUUUGUGUUUAUUAAUCAAAACCUUUUCCUUCGAUACAAAUACGGUUCUCAGGGAUAGUGUAACACAGUUAAAAAGGGAAUGCAUUUACUUCUUUCCAGCUGAAUCAUUCUGAGCCCUUAGGCCACCGUACUAAAUAUUGUUUACAUUUUUUAUCUCAAAAACACACGUUUCAUUUGUUUUCCCCUCUUUUAUUUUGCCUUCGUAAAUCGAUCGAGGCGUGUUGGUAGUAGAGGUUACUGAACCCUUUAUUGGAAAAAAAAAAACAACAACAAUAUUUUUGAAUAACUUGCUCCAGUGAAAAUGACUGAAAUGUUCUGGCUGGAACCAAACACGUUUUAUAACCAGUUGUAAUUUCAUUGUCUGCGUGAACGUCCAUGAGUGUUUUCUGCGAUGGGGUGUAAGAGGACAUGCCGCUGUAAUUAAGGUGGCGUCCUCAUCUCAUUAAGCAACAACUGCCUUUCAUUCGUCUUUCCACUGGUUUAUGUUCAGCAGCCGCCCCACUGACAGUGUACGUUUCUUGAAUAAUCGAGAGGUUUCUUCCCAAAGGGAUUCAUGUUCUGUGGGUAUUUUUCACAAUUUAUGCCAAGAAGUCAUUGUUGCCUUUUGUUGAUUUUUUUGUUUGUUUGUUUGUUUUUUCCUCUGUGCCCGCCCAGCCAUAUGUACAGUUUUGACCCUUGCAGUAAGAAAGUAAAAUAAAGCCAACAUUUUGUUUUGCCUUUCUAUGGAAUAAAUGGUUCUUUUUGUAAAGCGUU